GCAAGGUGUUUUGUGCCAGCGGUACCUGUUUAAACUAACCACGUGGUUAUUUCUCGAUAAAAGUUAAAGAAAUAAUGUCUGAAAUUAAACAAAUAAUAUCGAAUUGGCAAAUAUUUGAGGAACGAACAACUGCAGCGGAAAAAGAGAUAGCCCAUUUAAAACAACAAAUAGAAUGGUUGUAUCAGAAUAUCAUGAAUAGUACUUCGCAGAUUGUUUCUGGCGUAAGUAAGGAGGAGUUUGAGAAAUUACAACAAGAGAAUAUCAAGCUGAAGCACAGAAUAGCAAUACUUACAAGGACUAUAGAAGCAGAAAGAAACAAAACAUCAGCAAUGCCUAACAUAUCUCAAAGCAAUGUAAUCAGCAUAAAUAAUACUCUUUGUGAAAUCUUUCGGAAGGCUAUCACUGCUGCUUAUCCUGAUGUAUUAAAUCCACCAAUAAUAGUGACUAUUAGCAAUAAUCCCAAAUUUGGAGAUUAUCAAUGUAAUAGUGCUAUGCCUUUAGCACAACAACUGAGUAGUUCUGGUAAUAAAGUAACUCCACGCAUUGUUGCUAAUAACAUUAUAUCCAAGCUGGAAGAAUCUCCUCUUGUCGAUAAAUAUGAAGUAGCUGGUGCGGGAUUUAUAAAUAUAUACUUAAAACGUAAAUUUGGGCAACUUACUUUAAGCAAUUGGCUGAAGAUCGGCGACGUCCCUCCACCCUAUGUCAAAAAGAAAAGGGUGAUUGUGGAUUUUUCCAGUCCCAAUAUUGCCAAAGAAAUGCAUGUAGGACACUUAAGAUCUACUAUCAUUGGAGAUAGUAUUUCAAAGUUACUUGAAUACUUAGGACACGAUGUAUUGAGACUCAAUCACAUAGGCGACUGGGGUACACAGUUUGGUAUGUUAAUAGCCCACCUUCAAGAUAAGUUUCCCAAUUAUUCCACUGUCGCUCCUGCAAUUCAAGAUCUUCAAGCUUUCUAUAAAGAAUCUAAAAUCAGAUUUGAUUCGGAUGAAGAAUUCAAGAAACGUGCAUACGAAUGCGUUGUUAAAUUACAAGCUUUUGAACCAGAUAUAACAAAAGCAUGGAAGAUGAUAUGUGAUGUAUCUAGACAAGAAUUUGAGAAAGUGUAUACUCAACUAGAUAUCAAAUUAAUAGAGAGAGGUGAAUCAUUUUAUCAAAAGUAUAUGGAAUUAAUAGUCAAAGAUCUAGAAUCAAAAAAUUUAUUAGAAGAAGAUAAUGGGCGAAAGGUGAUGUGGGGAGAAAAACAUGGUGUUGGAAUACCUUUAACUAUAAUAAAAUCUGAUGGCGGUUUUACAUAUGAUACAUCAGACAUGGCUGCUCUUAAACAACGCGUUGAAGAGGAAAGGGCAGAUUGGUUGAUAUACGUGACAGAUGCUGGCCAGUCUUUGCAUUUUCAAAUGUUAGAAAGUUGUGCUAAAAAGGCAGGCAUCUUAAAAAGUUUCCACAGAAUGAAUCAUGUUGGUUUUGGCGUUGUCUUAGGGGAAGAUAAGAAAAAAUUUAAAACACGGUCUGGUGACACUGUAAAACUUGCCGAACUAUUAGAUGAAGGUUUGAAGAGGACACUGGAAAAGUUGAAAGAGAAAGAACGUGACAAAGUAUUAUCGGAAGAAGAACUGAAAAUGGCUCAAGAAUCCGUGGCAUAUGGCUGUAUAAAAUAUGCCGAUUUGUUGCACAACAGAAAUCAUGAAUAUGUAUUUUCAUUCGACAAAAUGUUAGAAGAUAAAGGCAAUACAGCCGUAUAUUUAUUGUAUGCUCUAACUCGAAUUCGUUCUAUUGCUAGAACGGCGAAAAUCACACAAGAUGAAUUGCGAAAAUACGCGCACGAUACUCCAAUUUCAUUGGAGCACGAAAAAGAAUGGAAACUAGCCAAAAUAUUGUUAAAGUUUCCUGAUAUAGUUCUUGACAUCAGUGAACAUAUGUACUUGCAUCCAUUAUGCGAAUUUUGUUACGAGAUUUCAUGCGCAUUUGCAGAAUUUUAUGAUAAAUGCUAUUGUGUGGAAAAGAAUCAAGCUGGAGAAAUUGUAAAAGUACAUAUGGGACGUAUUUUGCUCACAGAAGCUACCGCAAUUGUUUUAGAGAAAUGCUUUGCUUUGUUAGGUUUAAAACCUGUUGCACGAAUGUAAAAAGAUAAUAGCAAAUACAAUAAGUAUUUUCACUUUUUGAUUACAUAAAGCGUAAAAAAGAAGUUAUUUUUUUCCAAAAAAUAAAAUUUUUUUUUAUUGAAAUUUGUAAUUAUAAUUUCAAAAGAAUUAAUAUUUAUAUAAUUUUUUAAUUUUUUUUAAUUUUUUUUUAUAGAUUUUUUAAUUUUAUUUUAUGGCAUUAUUUUUAAUUUUCUUAUGAAGCUGCUGUAAUUGUUUUAAAAAAAAUUUGCUGUUCUAAGUUUAAAGUCUAUUGAUAACAAAGUAAAAGGAUGAGAAUAUAUACAGGUAUAUAGCUAUACUCUUAAUUAGAUAAAACGAAAUUAUAAAAUAUUUUUCAAAAAAUAAAUAUAUAUAAAAUCUGUAUCUUUUAAUAUAAAGUUUAUAAUAUGAUUAGAAAAGGAUUUUAAUAUAUAUUAAAAUUUUUAUUUUCUUUUAUAUAUGUGAUAAACACAUUAGUUUUAUUUCUUGUACUGAUAUAUGAUAUUGAAAAAGUUUAGUAUAUUAACUAAAUUUAGUUUUUAUAUUCUAUGUUUAUUAAUUAUUUCAAAUUGUUUACAAGGAACAUAUAUGUAAAUCAACUGUCUAAUAAACAUCUUUAUAUUUCAAGGAAAA